AUGUUGAAAAGUAAUCAAAUGAUGGAAGUAGAGUUUAAACAUUCGGAUUUUAUCUCGACUCAUACAACUUCGAGCUCAAUAGAUGAUUCCGAAUUGGGUCAAAGACUUGAAUUAUAUGGAAUUUGUAAAGAAUGUCAACAUCCGAAACUUAAUGAAGAAUGGUGUUCAAAGUGUAACAAUGAAAGGUUCGAAGCAAGGUUUGGUUCCGCCUAUUCCGUUACCUGGUUAGAUGGUUACAUCACUCAUUGGGAUCGCGUAAAGCAAGAAUGGGGAAGGAGUGAAGCCGGAAAAAAAUUUUAUGUUAAAGUCCUUCAAGGUUUAUCGACCGACUUUGCGAAUUUUGUUAAUGAGUUGCUUUCACAUCAAAAUGGGAAAAAUGGUUUGAUUCGAUGUUACGGAAUAACUCAAGAUCCGGUCACAAAGGAAUACGCGCUGGUUAUUCGCUGUAUUGAACGAGACCUGAAGAGUUAUUUAUACAGUUCGCUACCCUAUCCCGAAUAUGAUUGGAAAACAAAGUUGGAGAUUCUUGCCGAUAUCGCUUUUGUUAUCAAUCGUAUACAUGACGCGGCUCAAAGGAUUUGUUGCGGGUUAAGACCUCAUAUCAAUAAUUCGAUGCCAAAAUCUUUGGCCAAAUUAAUUAAAAGGUGUUGGGAUGCAAACCCAUUAAAUCGUCCUGAAGCUGAAGAAGUUUAUAUCUGGGUACAAUGGUGGUUGGAUUUAUGUAAUGAUACCACGUCUGAUAUUGCGGCAGAAUUUAACAUUGACGGCGAGAGAAGGCAUAAAGAUGGAAAUUUUUUUACACAUCCUGAAGCGAUUUAUACAAAACGUCUUUUGGAUUUUCCAAGUUUACCGGAACCUGAAAAUUUUUCUCCAAAUUCUUUUCAUCAAAUGGUUUCAUUUUGCGCGAGACUUCAACACACCUCGGACCCUGAAGGUCAAUGGAGUGUCAAUAAUAGCUCGGAUAUAUUUGAAUUCGGAUCGCAAUUAUCGCGUCCUCCUUCAACUUAUGCAGAGAAUAACAAGGACAGUCUGAUCCUUACCCCACCUCCUCAUAAGGUUAAAAAUGAACUCUCGUUGGAAUAUAACAUUCCGGGGGCUUUUAUCGUUGACAAUAUAGAAGUUAUCGACAACUGGGACGGUAAAUAUUAA